AUCACUGUGUAGUUGUGGCAACGUAGCCGUCUAUUUGAUUCAUCGGCUUGUCAGGACAAGAGAAUUUUUGUCGAUUUGUGUUGUGCUAUGUUGAAAUUAGAUUCGGAAUCAGAUAUUGUGUGAAAAUUACUCCCGCACUCCGCAAUGGAGUCCAUGAAUUCUCAACUUUUAGCGAAAUCCCUAAACUUUCACGGGCAACAGCUGCAGAAGGUAUGGGAAGGUGAAUUUGGCGAUCAUGAUUUGAGCAUGCGAAAUGUCAAAGACCUAAACUACAAUGUUUACGGCCAAAGACAAAAGAAUCUGUCAUUUCAAGACAGGGCAAAGCGACUCAAGUUGCAUCAGUUUAUUGUGAAAAAAGCUGACAUGCUUUUCACACCCAACACUAUCAAAUUCAGCGCGAAAACGGAAGAGAAUGUAGGCAACGAAGAGCUGUAUUCCAUUAUGCCACCCUUUGAGACUUAUCUAAAUGCUGAUAGGGCCAAAAGGCUGCAAUACUUUUCUGAUAACGUGAAAGUGGGCGAUUUGGUAUUGGGAACGAUUGUUAGCAAACAGCAGUCGGGAAUGAUGCUCAAAGUACUUUGCACUACUGGAAAUGGAUCUAAUGUUAAAUAUGCAGCAGAUAUUAACGUUAAGGCUUUCUGCCCUGUGGCAAAUAUAAUACCAGCUGUAGACAAGAAAGGUGUGUCACGUAGUUACAUGAUGAAUGACUAUGUCUGCUGCGAAGUGUUAGAGAUAAUACCCGAGUGUGACAAAAUGGUUUGUGGCAUGAAAGGCACCACUAGAAAGCCAAAUGACCCUGUGCAGCAUCCACCGCUCGGCCUAAUCAGCACCGAAGAUUUUCCUUUGGUUUACAAAAAAGCGUUGGAGCACAAGAACGAAUCAUACGAUACAGUGCUAGAGAAGAGCGUUGGAUUCAACAAUCCAAAUAACAUUCAAUAUUUGUCGGAAUUGAUGGACGUCAACAAUCAUUUCUCGUUGAUGAAAGGUCUAAAUGGCAAAUUUCCGGAAACAGAUUUUGCUCCCGAACUGCGACAAGUUCAGGCUAGCAAGUGGGCGUACCGCAACGUAGCCGACGGCAUCGAUCAUUUCAAAGCGGGCAAGCACGUCGAAGCGUUCCAAUGCCUGAACAAAGCGCUCAACAUCGACCCGAAAAACGUCGAGGGUCUGGUCGCGCGCGGCGCCCUCUACGCCAACAGCGGCAACUUUCAGAAAGCCAUCGAAGAUUUCGAGACCGCCCUGAAGUUGAACCCGAACCACGCGAACGCUCGAAAGUACAUGGGCGAGACUCUGGUCGCGCUGGGCAGGAGUUACGAGGACGAGAAUAAGAUCGACGAGGCCAGAAAGGCGUACCAGAGCUGCCUCACCAUCAUACCCUAUCACGAGGAAGCGCAGAGCUCGUUGGAGUUUUUAAAGUCCAAAGGGCAACAGAGCAGCGGCCCCAAAAAUUUGAUCGAACCCGGCGAGUUGCUUUUACCGAACUUGAGCGUCGCAAGUAAGUCGACCGCCGAUGUCAACGACGCUUUAAAACAGCUAUUAAAAGGCGAGGAGGAGGAUAAGGGCAAGGAUAAAAAAAAGAAGGGGAAGAAGAGCAAGAAACGCAAGAGCAAGAGGCACUCGAGUUCGAGCUCUUCGUCGAGUUCUUCAGGAAGCGAGAGCUCGAGUUCCAGCUCGACGUCGUCGAGCGAUUCCAGCUCUUCUUCCGGCGAUUCGGACUUCAAGAAGAAGAAGAAGCCGGGCAGGUCGCGAUCGCGCAAGCGCGAGAAGCAGAGCUCGCUCAGCCCUCUCAGCAAGCGCAUGGCCAUGAUGGACCAGUCGCAAGACAACACUUCGGCCAGCUACAACUUCAACAAACCGUCUGCGGCGGCCGUGGCCGCAGCCGCCUCUUCUUCUUUCGAUUUCACCUUCGAACACGGAAACAGCUCCAAGCAACCGGAAGAUUACGAAUCCAAAGUGCGAGCUUUCCUGCACGAAACCAAAGGCGACUCUGACUACGAGGAAAAGGUGCGAAAAUUCCUGGAGGAGAGCACCAAAUGGAAGAAGGGGGUCGCGCCCGUGUCCAAGGAGGACAAGAAGAAGAAAAAGAAGAAGGACAAGAAGGCCAAGAAGGAAGGCAAAAAGAAGAAGAAGGAUAAAAAAUUGAAGCGGAAGUCGGGCGGUUUCGAUUUGAGCGAGCUCGACGAUCACAAGAAGCUAAGGGAUGCCAUCAAGAAGGAGUUGAGCAAGGAGAAGCGCUCCAAAAGGCACGCCGAAGGCGACGAGGAAUACUUCCUGCACAAGUCCGGGUACACUAAGAGGUUCAUUGAUAGUCUGCCAGAUUUGGAAGAAUUAGAAUCCAAACUGAAUGCAUAUUAUGCUUUAGAAAAAGAUACUAAAAGGAGCGACAGCGAAAGUCCGAGGCGCACGCUCGACUCGCCGUCCCCGACGCGCGAGCAGAAGGCCCGCCAGGCGGUGGCCGAGGCGGCCGCCUCCGCGAACAAGUGGAAGAUGCACAUCGGGCCCGGCACGUCCGGCAACUCGCGCUUCAAGAAGAAGCAGCCCGAGCGGGCGCCGCCCCCGCCGCCCGCCGAGUGGGGCGGCGACUCGAAGAACGGCGGAGGCGGCGGGCUGUACGACCUGCCGUCGCCGCCCAAGAAGGCGCCGAUGCCGCCGGCCGAGAAGGCGGUCGGCGUGCGGAAGCAGAUGGCGAUGAAGGAGGCGCCGCCGAGGCGGGUCGAGUCGCCGCCGAGGCGCAAGGCGGCCGCGCUGCCGCCGGCGCCCAACAAGCCGUUCGUGCCGCAGGGUCAGGUGGUGCUCGACAAGUUCGGCAACUUCAGGUUGAUGUCGCCGCCCGAGAUCAAGAAGGCCAACGCGGCCCUGCCGCCAGGUCGUCGUCCGCCGGAGCCCCCGGGCAGACCGCGUUCCGACAGCCGGUCGCCGAAGCGGCGUUCGCGCAGCCGCAGCGGCUCCCGCUCCUCUUCGGGCGGGUCCCGCUCCCGGUCGCGCAGCUACCGCUCGCGAUCCCGCUCGUACUACUCGCGCUCGCGGUCGCGCAGCGGCUCGUUCUACUCGCGCUCGCGGUCGCGAUCGCGCUCGUUCUCUGGCGACCGCCGUCGCUACAGGUCGAGGGGCGGCGGCUUCCGCGGCCGCUACAACGACCGCGGCACCUACUACAAGCCCAGGUUCCAGAAUCCAAGGCAUAACAACAGAGGCGGCCGAGGUGGCGGUUACUAUAACAAUCGGGAUUCCAGGUACAACGAUAGGGAUUACAGGGGCGGCGGCAGAGGCAGACCCUACAGCAGGCCCUACAAUCGAAGGCCGAGAGGCAGGUUCCGCGGCGGCGGCUACAGGGACUAUCGAGACCGCAGGUACGAGCGCAGCAGGUCGAGGGACAGGAGCAGGUCUUACAGCAGGAGCGAUUCGGCGGACAGCGGUCCCGCCCCCAAGAAGCACCACUCCUCCGCAGACAAGGAGAGCAAAGUCAACAAGUACACGGACGGCGAGCAGCCGGUGAGACACGAGGGCCCCCUUUCCGAGGGCGAGGAUAGAGACGACUACACGGGCGGCGGAGGCGGCGCCGGAGGUGGCGGCGGCGGCGGGGGUGGCGACGGCAAGGGCGUCGACUCUUACGCAGGCAAGUGGGCCGACAAAGAGGAGGGGUCGGCGGGAGGCGGCGCCCCAGGGGACGGUCUACCAGACGGCCCGCCAGGCGUCGAUUGAUUCAUGCCACCCCCACCAUUCCUCUUUUAAUCACCCCCUCCCCUUUCUGUUGUUUCAGAUUCUAAAGCCUGAAAUAAGAAGAGUUAUUAUUACAUUUAGUUUAUUCAUAGAAAUAGGGGCUUCUCUAUUUUUUGUGUUCUGUUCUUUUUAAUAUAACUAGACACAUAUGUGUUAUCACAUUGUCAAUACAUUUUAAUUAAAUAAAUGUAUUUAUAAGUAUUUGUGUUUUU